AUGGGGAGAAAAUCUGAAAAUACUGAAAUUAAUAAAAUAUCAACUGGUUCAGAUCAAGAUUUGACUGAAUCGCUUGAUAUAGCAAAUUACUUUAAUGCACAUUUUGUUGAAAUUGGCCCAAAAUUAGCAUCUAAUGUUCCCACAAUAAGUGGAAGGAAACCAGAUGAUUUUAUGACAAAAGUUGCAUCUAAAUUCAAUUUUAAAAAAAUUGAUACAAAAGAUGUAAUAAAACUAAUAAAGAAAAUAAAUUUGCGUAAGGCCUCAGGCCAUGACAAGAUAUCCAAUAAGUUAUUGAAAAUUGCCGGUCCUUAUAUUUACCAGUCACUCACAGACCUCUUCAAUCUUUCCAUUAAGUUGAGGAGCUUUGCAAGUGAUUGGAAAAUUGCAAAAGUAUUUCCUAUACAUAAAUCUGGCGAAAGAGCUGAUGCAAAUAAUUAUAGGCCAAUUUCAGUCUUAUCUACUAUAGCUCGUCUAUUCGAACGAUUAAUGUAUGAUCAAUUCUACAGUUAUUUAACUGAAUAUGAUCUCAUCGAUACCAGACAAUCAGGUUUUCGUUCACUCCAUUCAACGUUGACCGCACUACUUGAUAUGUCAAACCAGUGGUGUUUCAACAUUGAUAGGGGAAUGGUUAAUGGUGUCAUAUUCUUAGAUUUAAAAAAAGCAUUUGAUACCAUUGACCAUGAAAUUUUAUUGAUGAAAUUAGCAUGCUAUGGUGUCGAUGAUCAAAGUUUAUUGUGGUUUAGAUCAUAUUUGAAUGAUAGGCAACAGGUCUGCCAUGUAAAUGGAGUCUAUUCUAACAAGGACUUCAUCAAAUGUGGAGUACCACAGGGCUCCAUUCUUGGUCCAGUCUUAUUCUUGUUAUAUAUAAAUGAUUUACCGAAAUGCCUGGACCACAGUAUUGCCAGACUAUUUGCCGACGACACAAAUAUGACCUUUACAGGUUGUAACAUUAAAUCAAUUCAAGAGCAAAUGACAAGUGAUCUAAACAACAUAUUUCAAUGGCUUUGUUCUAAUAAAUUGACGCUAAAUGUCCUAAAAACAGAUUUUAUGCUAAUUGGCUCACGACAAAAAUUAUCGGCGCUUGACGAUUCAAUAGUAUUAUCGGCUGAUAAUGUGACAUUAAGUAAAGUUAGAUCUGUAAAGUGUUUAGGUGUCGAUAUUGACGAGAACUUAACAUGGGAAAUACACAUCCAGAGCAUCCGUUUAAAGGUAUCCCGUAAUAUUGCAGCCCUCCGUAAAGUGAAGAAACUCUUUAGUCGGAAAAAUCUUGUGUCUCUGUAUAGAGCAUUAAUUGAACCGUAUUUUAUUUACUGUUCAAUUGUUUGGGACAAUAUAAGUGAGACAUUAGAAAAACAAUUGCAAGUUCUUCAAAACAGAGCGGCGCGCAUAAUUACGGGAGCACCCUUAUUAAAAUCAUCUUCGUUGAUUUUGGCGGAAUUAAACUGGAUGAAUAUAAAAGAAAUGCGAGAAAAACAAAAAGCUAUUAUGAUGUAUAAAAUAGUACAUGGUCUUGCACCAGAAUAUUUAACGGAAAU